GCAGGCCGGAAGCCCAGCAGGCGGCGAAGAUGGCGGAGAGCAGCGGUCGCGCCGGCAAGAGCAGCGGCAGCGGCGCGGGGAAAGGGGCGGUGUCGGCAGAGCAGGUCAUUGCUGGCUUCAACCGCCUUCGACAGGAACAGCGGGGUCUGGCGUCCAAGGCAGCCGAGCUAGAGAUGGAGUUGAAUGAGCACAGCCUGGUGAUAGACACCCUGAAGGAGGUGGACGAAGCCCGCAAGUGCUACCGCAUGGUGGGAGGUGUGCUGGUGGAGCGGACGGUCAAGGAGGUGUUGCCGGCCCUGGAGAGCAACAAGGAGCAGAUACAGAAGAUCAUUGAGACACUUACACAGCAGCUUCAGGCAAAGGGAAGAGAAUUAAAUGAGUUCCGGGAAAAGCACAACAUUCGUCUCAUGGGGGAAGAUGACAAGCCGGCAGCCAAGGAAAACUCCGAAGGGGCUGGGGCCAAGUCCAACUCAGCCGGAGUGUUGGUCUCCUAGGGACCAAGGCCUUUGCGUUUUUUUUUUCUACCCUGACUCCCACUUCUUCUGAUUUCUCUUUAUUGUUAUUAUUAUUAUUUUCUCUGCUAUUGUAAUAUUUUUUUGUUAAUUAAAUGUUUUGGUCAGAAUGCUCA